GGUGGAGGAAGAGAGAAGGCGGGCUGGGUGAACGGGUCGGGACCCGACCCGACGACCCGCUUCCUGACAUUCGGUAACCGGUUCCUCUUUUUUAUAAAAAUAAAUCAAUAAAAAGCAAACAAGGCCUUACACAAGAUUGAAGAGGAAUUAGAAGGCUAGGGUUAGAGAGAAGAAUGGGGGAUCCGUAUGAGAGAGCGACGGCAGGUCGGCUGGCCUUCAAAGGGGGAGCUCUCGCUUCUCGUAGCAAAUCCAUCGACAAGAAGAAGAAGAAGAAGAAGAAGAAGAAGAGGAAUAAGCACACAGGCAAACCACCGGCUGCCGACGGCGAGGCUUCAGAAUUUCAGCCUCCGCUGGAGGAAGAACCUUCUACUAGUACGCCUGCGCCCUCCGAAGGAGGAGGAGAGAUUUACACGAUCGAUGCAGCAAAGCGUUUGAAGUACGAUCAACUGUUCCCAGUCGAGGCCAAGAGGUUCGGUUAUGACCCCAAGACUACCUUGUCCUCCGUCGAGGAUGCUCUCGACGAUCGCGUCAAGAAGAAAGCCGAUCGCUACUGUAAAUAAACCUAAUCUCCCCCUGAUAUACACCAACCACAUAUUUCCUCUAUCCAAAUACCAUCUCGAUUCAGGUUUUUUUGAUGUAAUGUUGGCAGUAUGCAUGAUAAUUAGCUCUGUUGGCAUGCCGCUCACAUCCAGCUUGUGCUCUGCAGGGAUUAUAUAGUGGUGCCUUUGCCGAUUGUGCCCCACUCUAUUGACGGUUGGUGUCCAGACUUGUAUGAUGAAAGUAUGAUAUAUACCUGCAGUGGAACUAGUUUGUAACUAUUUUGUACUUGCCAAAUUAGUUGAGAAUCACGUGUUUUGCCUUUCGUGGUCUGUAGAAUUGUCUUGAGAGACAACGUCCGCUAACUAUUUUAAGCUGGGGAGAGCAACUCCAAAGGGAGUUGCCCAAAAUUUGGGGUGUUAAAUCACCUACAACU